CCGAGGGGACACCGAGAGCGGGCACUGAGAGCGGGCAGGAAGAGGCGUUCCCUGGUGCGGGGCUGAAGGAUGACAGCCAUCCUGGAGCGGCUCAGCACGCUGUCCCUGAGCGGGCAGCACCUCAGCCGGCUGCCCCGGCUGCUGGAGGACGGCCUCCCCAAGAUGCCCUGCACGGUGAAGGAGUGCGAGGUGCCGCAGCUCUUCCGCGAGCCCUACAUCCACAGCGGGUACCGCCCCACCGGCCAGGACUGGCGCUACUACUUCCUCAGCCUCUUCCAGAAGCACAACGAGGUGGUCAACGUGUGGACUCAUCUCCUGGCGGCGCUGGCCGUGCUGCUGAGGUUCAAGACGUUUGUGGAGGCCGAGCAGUUGCUUGUGGAUGCGUGGUCCUUGCCACUGCUCAUCUUCGUCCUCUCUUCUGUCACCUACCUGACCUGCAGCCUCUUGGCCCACCUGCUGCAGUCCAAGUCGGAGCUGUACCACUACACCUUCUACUUUGUGGACUAUGUUGGAGUCAGCAUCUACCAGUAUGGCAGUGCCUUGGCUCAUUUCUACUACAGCUCUGACCAAGCCUGGUAUGACAAGUUCUGGCUUUUCUUCCUGCCAGCAGCAGCUUUCUGUGGCUGGUUGUCCUGUGCCGGCUGCUGCUACGCCAAAUACCGGUACCGACGGCCUUACCCCAUCAUGAGGAAGAUGUGCCAGGUGAUCCCAGCAGGGCUGGCUUUCAUCCUGGACAUCAGUCCCGUGGCUCACCGGGUGGUUGUGUGUCACCUGGGGGGCUGUGAGGAGGAUGCUGCUUGGUACCACACGUACCAGAUACUGUUUUUUCUUAUCAGUGCUUAUUUCUUUUCCUGCCCUGUCCCUGAGAAAUACUUCCCUGGCUCCUGUGAUAUUGUUGGCCACGCCCACCAGAUCUUCCACACCUUCCUGGCCAUCUGCACCCUGUCACAGCUGGAGGCCAUUCUUUUGGAUUACAAGAACAGGCAGGAGAUUUUCCUGAAGAGACACGGGCCUUUCACUGUUUAUCUCUCCUGCAUCUCUUUCUUUGGCUUGGUGGCCUGCAGUGCCAUCACAGCUUACAUCCUGCGAUGCAGGAUCAAGGACAGCCUGGCUAAAAAGGACUCCUGAGAGUCACGGACGUGACAGGCAUGACAUCACCAGAGAAAAUCACGAAAAAGGGCAUAACAUACUAGAGACAUGACUGUCUUACUUGCCUAACACGCCGUGACUAACCAGGACCCUGGAUUCAGAUGGAGGGCUGGACACUUCAUGCUGGAUGCAUUUUCACAGCAGGGAUUGCCUUUUGCCAUCCAGGGGGGGACAUGGAGUGUUUUAAGCCAGAACAAGUCACUGAACCAAGGAUGCUGAAAUAGGCAGAGGUUCCUUGUUCAUUCUGGUAGAGCUGUGGGUGAGGCCUUGCUGAAGGUCAGGGAGGGCAGCCUGGAGGCUGUGGGACUGUAGAAGGGUGUGCCAGGGCUCACAACACCAUGAGGAGCUCAGCUGGAUGUGAUGACCUCUCUGGGUUCGGCCGUAUCUGUGUGAGAACGGUUCCUGUAAAAGGCAGUAGGAAGGUUUCAGGAAGUUUGUGUUUCUAGGGUUCAGGUAUGAGGGCACAUGUGGCACUGUGGCUGCUAGAAUCCUUCUCCUGUUCCAGCCAGGCUCUCUCUGAGUUCCCCUUGUCAAGGGUGUCAAUGCCAGGUCACUUAGGUGGCUUUGGGAAAACAUCUUUGGAGAUCCUGGCUUGACCUGGGGUCCUCUGGGACAAACUGGGUCUGUGUCAUCUGUCCAGGGAGUCUGACCAACCUCUAGCAAUGUCCAUGAAAUGUGGACUAACUUGGAUGGGAUCUGUUUGAUACAGGAAAGGCUCUGGUCCUCCAACAACACUACUGUGGUCAUGGCCAAAAGGGUGUGAAGGUGAAGGGGUCUUUAUUCCCCUCUUAAUGGUGCUUUGUGUCCUUGAUGAGCAUUGUGGGAAAGCUGACUUUGGAGCUUCAGGGUUGCUGUUUUAUGAUAAGUGGGGCUGUGACUCUGGCAGGUUUUUGUCAGUAUUAGAUGAAGGUGGAACAGCAAAAGUAAAGGAGAGUGAUGACAUUAGGGUCCUGCACAACCUGGGGAAGGCUUGGCCUUGGGACUUGGUGAUUCCUGUGGGGAGUAGCAAAGAUAGUGGUCAGGGUCACUUAAUGUCCAUGGGUCACUCCUGUCCAAGGUAACAAAGGCUGGAUUACCAUGUCCCCCACUAGAAGAAUCUAUUCUGUGCUGGGCUUGGGGGAAUAUCGAACAUGGAGCCACCAAGGAGGAUUAAAUCCUUGCUAAAACCAAGGAAUCCAUGGGAUCUAUCCCAGCCACGGAUUUGUCUCAUUGAGCCCAAGGGCAGGCAAAUGAAUUGUGAUUGCUGGUUCUGAGCAGGCAGAGUGUAGGGUUGGGGAUAUGGUUGGUGAGGACAAGCACUGAUUUCUGCACUUCAUCUGUGUUUCAGCUCUUGAGGUGUGUGUGUGUGUGUGUGCAUGUUCCAUGCAUGUGCAUGGGACUUGUUAUCCAGAAGGGCUUUGCCUUGGGAUUUUAAAUCUGCAGAGCCUCCUAGCUGGGUUAAGAUUAACCUGAAGGAAACAGUGCUGUCCUGCUGGAGGAGCAAGGUGGGCUGGACAACAGAUUUGUUAAUAGGUGGUGGAAAACGGACCUGUAGAUUGGCACUUUGCUGGUCCUGUGUUUAGUAGGUAAAUUUGGGACUCAUGGCCCUACAGAAAAUUAAAUACAAAGGGAGAGGGAAGUAAGUUUGGUAUAGGAGUAUAGGAGAAGAAGUCAUAGGAAAGCCUUCAGGAGGUCAUCAGCUCCACCCUUUCUCAUCAGUCCUGGUCUGAGCUUAGAAAUUAAUUACUUGAUUUCAUAGGGUGUUUUUGAUGGUACAAAUGGUACAGCCAUGCUGACCUAGAAGAAAAUCUGCCUCAGGGGAGAUGCCAAGCAGGGGUGGUCCCACUUGCACCUCGUUCAACCUCUUCCCAUGCACAGAAGUUCAUCUCACCACAGAGUGAGCCAGUGCCAGGAGAGGGACCUUUGGGAAACCAAUCCUACUGAAAAAAUGUCAGUAAUUUUCGGCUGGUUUUAAAUCUGAGCCAACUCACUUGGACAAUGCAGCUGCUGGCAGGGAAGGGCUGGAUUGGAGGCCAGCAGCAGUUCCUCCUUGCAUGGCAGCUGGCUGCUCAACUCACUCAGCUGCACUGAUGGACUGCUCCCUCCAUGGCCUCUGGCUUUGUUUGUGGGUCUCCUCCCAGUUUGAGAAAAGGCUUCCAGUGCAAGCAGCUUUUUCUUGCAGCCUAAUUU